ACUCGCUACACACUGGAACGAAAGCCAUGAAAAGAUGCCCCUUCACAGGAUUAAAACAAUAAAACAGGCAACAAGAAGUCUGGAAAAACUUUGCCGAACUGUGUCCAAACUUUGAUAGACUACAACCCAAUUCACUUCCCUACAGUUUCGAGUGUGUUAGCAUUGUUUUAUCUCACCACUAUUGCCACUGGACGCGGUUCUUUUUUCUUCUGGAGCAGUCCAGUCUGAUGAAUUCACCGAAAAAAGACGGAGAUGAUGAUGUGCCCGUUAAAGACCCGGUAAAAUACGGCGAAUUGGUCAUUUUGGGGUACAAUGGCUCUCUUCCAAGCGGAGACCGGGGGCGCAGAAAGAGCCGCUUCGCUCUGUACCGAAGGGCCAAGGCCAAUGGUGUCAAGCCCAGCGCUGUGCACAUCCUCAACACACCACAGGACAGCAAGGCUGUACACAGCAGGGGGCAGCACAGCAUUUCUUUCACUCUGUCCCGGAACCAGACAGUGGUGGUGGAGUACUGCCAUGACAACAACACAGACAUGUUCCAGAUCGGACGCUCCACAGAAAGUCCCAUUGACUUUGUGGUGACAGACACCUCCGGAGGGGGAAAGGAGGGGGAGGACCCCUCCAUUGCGCCAAGCACGAUCUCACGUUUUGCCUGCAGAGUGGUGUGUGAACGCAACCCACCCUACACUGCACGCAUUUAUGCUGCAGGCUUUGACUCCUCCAAAAAUAUCUUCCUAGGGGAAAAAGCAACCAAAUGGAAAAACCCUGAUGGGCACAUGGAUGGCCUGACCACCAACGGGGUGCUAGUGAUGCACCCAGAGGGGUUCCCUGAGGACCCCAAGCAGGGGCUGUGGAGGGAGAUCUCCGUCUGUGGUGAUGUCUACGCCCUGCGAGAGACACGCUCUGGACCCAGCCGGGGCAAACUGGCAGAGGGAGAGAGCAGUGCACUACGAGACGGUUCCCUGGUUGACCUGUGUGGUGCCACCCUGCUGUGGCGUACAGGGGAGGGGCUCAUGCGGGCUCCCACCCUGCGUCACCUGGAGGCGCUUCGCCAGGAGCUUAAUGCAUCCAGGCCCCAGUGUCCUGUAGGCCUCAGCACACUGGCCUUCCCCAGCCUGCCACGCAGCCACAGCCUUGAAGAACGUCAGCCCUGGGUCUACCUCGCUUGCGGCCAUGUCCACGGACGCCACGACUGGGGCCAGAGAUCUGAGGGAGAGGAGGAACCAGGAGAGGGCGAGAGCUCCACGGCCCGCCGCGAAUGUCCCCUGUGCAGGAGCGUGGGGCCCUACGUACCCCUGUGGCUGGGCUGUGAACCUGCUGUGUAUGUGGACGCCGGCGCUCCUACGCACGCUUUUGUGCCGUGUGGUCACGUCUGCUCAGAGAAAACAGCCAGGUACUGGGCUGAGACCCCGCUGCCCCACGGGACCCAUGCCUUCAGACCCGUCUGCCCCUUCUGCUCCACUGCCCUCAGCUCCCCCGGCUGGACACGGCUCAUCUUCCAGGGCCCCAUCGACUAGUCGCUACAACACAGCAACCACUAUCACAAAAAAGAUGCCCGAGCUUCAUUCAUGUUGCACAUGUUGAUCAAGACGGAAAGGUAUUGAUUAGGAGUGCUUAACGAUAGUUUCACAUUAUUAAAACAGGUGUAAUCUACAGUCAGUAUUCUAUAUUUUUACUGAAUGCAGCUCGGAGCUGAAGAAUCCUUCCCCUUGUUUAUCCUUCAGUGUUUGUUAAUUGCUAUGAGAUCAGGCGGAUAGGUGAUUGAAUCAUGACAGAAUAAUCAAUACUGUGAUCAUGUGAACAGUAUUUACUCUAAACUAUAUGGUGUCCACUUCUCUGUCAUUCAAGAGUCUGCUGUUUUUCAAUCCAAACAAACACUACACCAGCUGAUUUACCCAACCUCCAACAAGACAAGCAACACUGGGUACACAGAAGCUUAAAUGAUGUUUCUCACCCCAUGACAAACAAUUAUUUCACUCCAUCCAUUAUCAAGUGGCGCAGCCUUCCAGUCAUUAUACAUUUCAUAUGGAACAUUCAGACUCUAACAAUUGUGUUUGUCAGUUUCAGAAACCAUGUAGGAAAUGACAAGUAGCUUUUUUUGCACUCAGUGAAACACCACUUCUGACCAGGUAGUCUCCAGUUAUAGAUGUGUAGUAUUGCACUUUUUGGCCCGCACUUUGAUAUCCAACCACUUUGGAUUUAUUUGCACUCAUUCUGACUUCUGUGUUUUCUUCCUGAACGGCCAGCUGAUUUAUAUUUAUAGCUGUAUUCAACAGGGUGUAUUAACUACUCAUAGUAAAUGUAGGACAUUACAAGGAGGGAUCAAAGGAUUGUGCUUCCAUGCAACAUUUUACAUUUCUAGUGUUUCAUGAAGAGGAAAUUAACCAUUGUUAAAACCAGGAUAUGUUUGAGAACAUGCAGUUUUCACCUUUUGUACUCACAUAUGCUUUUAGUGUGAAAUCUAUGCACAGCCCCCCCCCCCC